CACAUAUCGAUACAUCAUUGGCUGUUCGACAUAUAAACAAAGCGAAAUAACAAGGAAAUGGACCACGCGACAAGUGAUUUAAAAGAAUUCAUCACAGACCUGGUGAUUCCGCACCAGCGCUGCAAUGUGAACAUUAUUCCCGACCACAUCACCAUGCUGGAGGGCACCAAGAUCAAGAAGCAGCUCUCCCGAAAACGCCGCGCCCACAAAUCCAGUACAUUGAAUCGCCGGGAAUAUGCGGCACUGGGCUUGAAUACGCUUCCCACCAAGCAGAUGAAAUACGAGGAGGCACUGCCACUUCAUCAACUCUGGAAGGGCUAUGUGCGUGAGCAUCUGGAGCUACGGGAAGGUGGACAGGUGCCCCAGGUGCACGAUGCUCGCUACGAGGAGUUCAGCCGAAAGUUGGUCAAAAUGGACUUGCACGGCGCCAAACUGAAGGUGCUGCAGUCCAAGUGCUCAACGCUGGAGGGUUUAGCUGGCAUCUGUGUCAUGGACACCAAGAAUGUGCUGAAGCUGCUUGGCAAGGACCAUCGACUGCGCACGAUCCCCAAGAGCGAGUGCGUCUUUGGGCUGAAAGUGGGCAACAUGGAAUUUACCAUAUUCGGGCAGCACCUUAACAUUCGACCCGCCGAGCGAAGCGUCAAGAAGAUCAAGAGCUUUGUGCAGCCCUUCAUGUAGAGAAUUUAGUAAUCAUUAGCUUUAGAAACGGAAUCCUAUUGUAAUUUAAGAAAAAUACAAGAAGCGCUACCUUUUGAAAAGGAAA